CGGUGGGGAGAACACCUUUUCUCAAGUUUCAUGUACAAGUCAUAAUGCAUAAGGUACAAUUUAUCGUCUUUUCCUAUCCAGACUCCGGCGGUCCUAUUUUCCGGCGAAAGCUCCCAAACUGAAUGACGUAUGAUCUGUUGAGGUUGACUGCUCACUGCUUCUUAAACGAAAAUCAAAGUUAAACGCGAAACUCCAAAAGUUUGGUUUCCACAAUUAACCCUCUCGGUUGAUCAGCAAAUCCAACAAACUUGCAGGUGUUCCAUGCAUAUUUGGGGUCUUGAAACAUAAUGCAUUCUUCGUACGCAUGACAUGUUGAGCAACCGCCAACCAUAGACUUAUUUAACAGUCUUAAUCUGUCAGUGUCAGCAUGCUAGGCACCAGCUUUGGCCAUUUCCACCCACCCCCCCUUGGGGGUUAACAUGAGGAGCAUCUGCUGUCGAUUUCUCGAAUACCUAGCUGGGUACGGUGUGGCAUCUGGGUCGAGGCAAAAGAUUAUUCUCGUGUAAAUGCGAGGCUUAUUAGCCCUAAACAGGCAUAAUUCCAUCUUUGCUAGCCAAUCUUUCUAUUACCCCAAAAGGUUCUACAUCCCACACUCUUGUUUGAAGGAUGUAAGCACUGUAAGUGAAGCUCUCAAUUUGGCCGGAAGCUCAAAAUCAUCUGUUCUUGGAAGCCAAAUUCAUGGUCAUAUAGUCAAACUAGGUUUAUCAAAUGACAUUUUUUCUCAAAACAAUUCAAUAAAGAUGUAUGCCAAUUCUGGGGUGUUCGGUGAUGCAUGCAAACUUUUUGAUGAAAUGCCGAAGAGAAAUCUUGUUUCUUGGACUCUGAUCAUAUCUGGAGCAAAUAAAAAUGGCGAGUAUGGGGUGGCUCUGGAUUCAUUUGUUUAUAUGAUACGAACUGGGUAUUUCCUGCCCAACGAGUUUGCUUUAGGUAGCAUUAUGAAAGCUUGUAUCAGUAUGGGAGCAAUUGACUUCGGUCUCUGCAUCCAUUGUUUUUCCGUCAAGAUUGGAAUGGACAAAAACGAUUUCGUAGCUAGUUCAAUUCUGCACAUGUAUUCCAAAUAUGGAGGUAUUGAAGCUUCUGAACAGUUCUUCAAGAGUCUGAAUGGUUCAGAUCUUGGUUGUUGGAAUGCUAUGGUUGGAGGCUAUGCACAAUGUGGAUAUGGCCUUGAAGCUGUGAAUACUGUAUCUUCUAUGCACUCUAAAGGAGUCCUAAUGGAUGAAUUCACCUUCAUUCAUGCUCUCAAUGCGUGCUCAAUUACAUCUGAACUGGAUUUCGGAAGUCAGAUUCACGGUCUGAUUGUUCGAAAUGGUUUUGAAUCGGCAAUUACAUUAACAAAUUCAUUGAUAGAUAUGUAUUUCAAAACUGGUGCGAAUGAUCAUGCUUGGAAGCUUUUCGAAACAAUGGAGGACAAAGAUAUGGCAUCUUGGAAUACCGUUUUAGCCGUUUCUUCUCAGAUUGCAGGCGUAGAACAAGUUGUAAGUUUGUUCACUGAUUUUAUGUUCACGGGAUUAAAGCCCAAUAGGAUAACGUUCUUAAUCUUGUUCCGUAUGUGUGGAGAUCUUCUUGAAGUUGAUUUAGGUCUGCAGUUUUAUGGUCUUGCAAUUCGGCUCGGAUUAAAUGGUAAGCCUCAUGUCUCCAACUGUCUUAUUAACAUGUUCUGUAGAUGCAGUGACAAAGAAACCGCACGCUUGAUUUUCGAUUCGUUGCCUUCAAGAAACGUCCAAAACUGGAACGAGAUGAUCCACGGGUAUAACUGGAGUUCCGAUCUCGAAGCUCUUAAGCUUUUCACCAAUUUGUGGGGUUCGAGUGUCGAACCGGAUGAGAUCACCUUUUCUUGUGCUGUGGAAGCAUGUUUCAAGACCGAAAAUGUGCAAGUUGGUAGACAAGUUCACGGGAUUAUAAUCAAAUCCGGUUUCGCUUCCAACGGGUACAUAUGUAGUUCACUAAUCCACGGUUAUGCUAAAUUCGGAUUUCUGACCGAUUCAUACGCUUUCUUUGACGACAAAAUGGAUUUGGUCUCUUGGGGUGCUCUGAUUUCGACAUUGGUAGAUCAAGGCUACACAAGAACAGCCAUUGGGUUUCUCGAUCGUCUUAAAGAAGAUGGACAAAAUCCCGAUAAGUUCAUUUUCGGUAGCGUUUUGAACGCUUGUGCUAGCAUUGCGUCUCUCAACCUAACGAAAUCCGUCCACGGACGAGUUUUCAGGAUCGGGCUCGAUACUGAUGAACACGUUGCUAGCUCAAUCAUAGACGCCUACGGAAAAAGCGGCGAUAUCACGAGUGCCGCCAUCGCUUUUCACCAGUCGUGCAGGUUUGCUGAUGUAGCUCUUUUUAAUACAAUGAUAAUGGUGUACGCUACUCAUGGACGUGUAACGGAAGCAAUGGAAGUUUACGAGAUGAUGAAAUCCGCGAACCUAAAGCCGACUCAAUCCACAUUCGUGUCAAUUUUAUCGGCUUGCAGUCAUGUGGGUCUUGUUGAUCUUGGCCGUACGUUAUUCAGAUCGAUCUCAUUAGAUUACAAAAUGGAUCCGUCUCCAGAUAACUAUGGUUGUUUGGUUGAUUUACUAUCGAGAAAUGGACAUCUGGAAGAAGCCAAGAGUGUGAUUGAGUCAAUGCCGUUUCUAGCUUGGCCGGCUAUAUGGCGAUCGUUUCUUAACGGAUGUCGGAUACAUGGUAACGUAGAGCUCGGAAAAACGGGUGCGAAGAAGCUAUUCGAGAUGUUUCCGGAGACCAAUGCAGGGUACGUGUUAUUGUCGAAAAUUUAUUGUGAAGAUGGUAACUGGGAAGAUGGUUUAAAGGUGAGGAAGGAGAUGGUUGAUAAGGCAAUCAGGAAAGACUUGGGAUGUAGUUGGAUUAAUGUAUAAAAGAAAAGGCCAAAUUAAAAGCCCAA